UGUUUAAAAAUCGAUCGAAAGAUUUGAAUUUCAUGGUAAAAGAAAUAAAAAAAACGAGAUCGAAAUUUUAAAUUGAAAGUAGUUGUUGCUUGAGAUCGCUCUUCACCGGUCUAUAGAGUUUGGUGCCCCUCUAGAACAUAAACUUUAAAAUAAUUAAAAUGUUACUAAAUCUUCUACUACCAAACUGGAUAACCAUAUUCUUAUUCCUUCUAAUACUACUCCUAUGCUACUCCUACAUCACCAGAAACGACAACUACUGGAAAAUCAGGAACGUGCCUUAUGAAAAACCCUAUUUCCUCGUAGGAAACUUCUGGGAAGUUUUCAGCGGGAAAAAACAAAUAGGAAAACAUUUAGGGCACCUGUACAACAAAUUCACAGGUCCAUACUUCGGCAUUUUCGUCUGGGGGAAACCCUAUCUAGUCAUCCGGGGUCCUGACAUCAUCAAACAGAUUACCAUUAGAGAUUUUAAUAAUUUUGUAGAUAGAACUUUUGCUUGUGAUAAAGAGGCUGAUGAUAUGAGCGGAAAUAGCUUGUUCAUUAUCAGAAAUCCUGAUUGGAGGAAUAUCAGGAACAAGUUAAGCAGUAUUUUUACUUCUGGAAAGAUAAAAAACAUGUAUCCCUUGAUGGUAAACACUGCAGAAAACCUCCAGAAGUACUUAGAAAACUUUGAUAACGAAAUCCUGGAAAUAAAGGAGGUUUCUGGGAAGUACAUGACUGAUUUAGUGGCCAGUUGUUUUUUCGGGAUAGAGAGUAACUCGUUUACUGGAAAAGAGGAGGCAGUUUUUAGGAGAGUUUGCCGAGAAAUGUUUGAGAUGGACAUCUCGCAGUCUUUUCGGUUGUUCUCGUAUUUCUUCGUACCCAAGUUGGUGUCUUUGUUCAAAUUUAAACUGUUUGACACUAGUUACUUUAGACAGGUGUUCUUGGAAACGCUGUCUGAAAGAGAGAAGAGUGGAAUAAAAAGGAAUGACUUUGUGGAUUUGUUGAUUCACGUUAGGGAUAUGUUCCAGGAGGAUGAAAAAAAUGGUACAAAGUUCGAUACAACAUGUAUGGUGGCACAAGCUAUCACAUUUUUUACUGCCGGCUUUGAAACCACCAGCAAUCUUUUGGCUUUCGCCUUAUAUGAGUUAAGCUUGAGGCAAGACUGUCAGAAAACAUUACGAGAAGAAAUAUACGAGUACUUUCCUGAUAGUACUGCCUCGAUAACGUUCGACAAAAUCCAACAGAUGCAAUAUUUAGACAUGGUUUUAUCAGAGACGUUAAGACGAUAUCCCUUUGGUCCGUUUCUGAACAGAAACUGCAAGGAAGACUACGUCAUAGAAGAGACGGGAUUGAAGAUAGAAAAGGGCACGGCCAUAUUGAUUCCUAUUGACGGACUGCACUUCGAUCCGGUUUAUUUUCCGGAACCGGACAAGUUCGAACCGGAAAGGUUCAGGGAUGGCACAAAAACCCUUUCGAAUUCUUGCGUGUACAUGCCCUUUGGGAUGGGACCAAGAAACUGUAUUGGUGACAGAUUUGGACAAAUAUGUGCUAAAGUAGGUCUAGUGCACUUCUUGCGGAAAUUCAAAGUCGAGAAGUGCCAUUUGACACAGGAACCUCUAGUCUUGGAUCCAAAAUCACCAUUUAUCACGCCUAUUCACGGGUUGCAACUCAAAAUCAAAAAAGUAUGAAAAAGUAGUAUUAUUUAGUUAAUACACUAGUUAUAGUUUAGUAAUAUAAACUCCCCGGCACAAAAGUCCGCCACCCUAAAAUUUUGACUAAGUUUGAUGUUUCAUAAUUUUUGAAUUUGUAAUCCGAUUUUUUUGAUUAUGGCAUUAGUUUGUACAUAAAUUUGUUGGCAUUAUUUUUUAUUAUUUUAAUGGCUUAUAUAUUUCGGUUAGGUUGUGAUUGUGGGUUUAUACCGGGCAAAUCAAAAUUUGUUUUGUGCAAUAAAUUCAAAACACCCUGUGGAAAAAAUGGGACGGG